AUGUCGGCCGACCUCUUUGCUGAGUUUGGCGCUUCUUCACAGAGCAAUCAUCCCUCAAAAUCAACACACCCAACACAGUCCGCACCCGCUAGCGAUCCUUUCUCCUUCUUCGACUCUUCGUUCUCCUCCGCCCUUCCGAUCUCGGGCAGCAAUCCAGCACAUCCAGCACAGCCGCCGCAGUCCCAAUGGCAGACCCCAUCACAAUGGCCAAACUUCCAAACCACCACCGGGGGAGGUAGCAGCAUGUGGGAUGACCUGGGUGAUAUUGGCGCAAAAAAGCCAUCAGCAGCACCGGCGGCUGCUGACGAUGACGAUGGCUGGGGCGACUUUGAGGUCGCCAGCCCGGCAAUAGUCGAAACCCCACCCAAGCCCAAGCCUGCACCGAACGGCUUCUCCAUCACUUCGAACGCUGCGAACAAGCCCAUGGCUUCCGGCUCCUCCCCUCGUUUACAGUCGAGGAUAGUACGCGCUUCCACAAUGGACAUGAUUACCAAUCGCUUGGUAGACACGGGAGCAGGGAAUGCGAGCUCGGAAGUGGAUAAAAUGCGGACACAUAUAGAGCAGCCGCCUCCAAAGAGGACAGAGUCUAGACCCAAGAAUCCCGACCCCAAUGUCCUCUUUGAUGCCGACGACUUUGACGGCGAGGCCCCCUCCGACGAGGACGAAGAGGACGACGAGUUUGGCGACUUUGAGACAGUCACUGCUCCCCCUCCGGCUGCUCCGACGCCCGUGAUAGACCUCAUGUCGGAAUUCAGUGCCCCUGUCGAGACGACAGGCUUCUCAGGCAGGACAUCAUCUACCGCCAGGAAUGCGCCACCAAGCCAGCUGCUGUCAUCGCCGGGCUUUUCGGAUAACGGCGCGUUCCCACAACCUCAAAGGUCACCCUCAUUCCAGGAGCGGAAUCCUUUCCAGGGCCUGAAGGUGACGACGCCUAAGCAGGAUGAGUUUGGUUUCGCCAAUGGAACCAAGCAGCAGCAGGCGCCGGCUAAGAAACACGAAGAUUCUCCAACCCCGGUGACCGCCUGGCCUGCCCUAGGGUCAGAGAAGCCGGCAGCAAAGGAGCCAACAGAAAUCUGGGGUGCAUUUGACGACUUUACGUCCGAGAAGAAGGUCGAGGCAGACAUGGCCGGCCCCGGUUGGGAUUGGGAUGUGGCCGAUGGAGUGGUCCAGCAGUCUUCAGGUUCUGCCGUGACCCCUUUCCCAGGAGCUAGCCAGAAACAACAACCCAAACCCGUUCCAUCCAAGAAGAUCAACAAUGUUCCAAUCAAGCAACAAGAGGAAAAGGACUCGGGCUGGGACUGGGAAGCCGAGACGCCGGACCAAGACAAAGUCACGAUCCAGCCCAAAACCCAGCCUCAGCCCAAAGUCCUAGACGACAAGGCACCGCCGCCCACCAACAUCCCACCCCCUUCGAUCCUCCUCUCCCUCUUCCCCACCCUCCUGGCCACCCCCAACGAAGCCCUAUACAAGCCGACGGCGACCCAAACCCCGGCCGUCAAGGCCCGCGUGUUCUCGAACCCGGCGACGGCCACGUUCCUGCGCGCCUACCUUGUGCUCGCAACUGUGGCGGCCCGCAUCCUCGCCGGUCGCAAACACCGUUGGCACCGCGACAAGUUCCUGGCCCAAGGCAUGUCAAUCUCGGCCGCGGGCGGCAAGGGCGGCGGCAUGAAGCUUGCCGGUGUCGAUAAGACCCAGGCCGCCCGCGAGGACAGGGAAGCCGCCGACGUGGUUGCCGUCUGGCGCGCUCACGUCGGCCGCCUCCGUGCCGCUGUCGCUGCAGCGGCCAAAGAGGAGGACGGCACCAGUCACCAACAACAGCACUUUAAGGUCCCCGAGAUCGCAGAGAAGCCCGUCGUCACGACGGCCAAAAACGUUCCCACCGCCCCCAAGGCAUGUAUCGUUUGCGGCCUCAAGCGGGACGAGCGCGUCAAGGGCGUCGAUUUUGAGGUCGAGGACAGCUUUGGCGAGUGGUGGGUCGACCAUUGGGGUCACAGAGCCUGUAGGAAUUUUUGGGUACAGCAUGAAGCUGAGCUGCGGCAGAGAUGA